CCCACUCGGGUUAAGGGUUUGGAGCAGUUGGGGCUAAUUUCCGCUCGGUGGUGGUGGCAGUCUAGAUUAAGUAGCCCUCAGCCUUUCUCAGCCGACAGCCGCCGUCAUGUCCAACAACAACGCCAGCAACAACUUAAUUAUCGCUCAAAGGGCCGUGAAGCAGCUCCGGUUAGAGGCCAGUAUCCGCAGGAUCAAGGUGUCCCAGGCUGCUGCUGAGCUGAGGAACUUCUGUCUGCAAAAUGCCCCCAAGGACCCCCUGCUGGUCGGGGUGCCCUCCAGCGAUAAUCCCUUCAGACCCCCGAAGUCCUGCUCCCUGUUCUGAG